UUAGAAAGAGCUUUUCACACCUCAAGCAUUAAUGGAGAAUUAACACGAACUACCACCAACCAGUCUCGAUUCUUCCAAGAAAAAUGACAAUAUCACGCAUCUACUCCUACAUCUCCAUUUCGUCGGUUGCCGCCGCUUUUUCAAGAACCCCAAAGCUCUUCCACCUCACGACCCCAAAUCGCCCGCCAAUUCCCCGAACUCCCAAUUUCUGCACAUAACCUCCGAUCGUCAUCAUCUUGCCUCCAAAUUCCAUGGAUGCCAAUUCCCCACCUCAAACCAUCCCAGUGGUCUCCACUUUCGCCAAUCCCUUCGACAGCCAGAACCCUCCUCUACCCCCCGCCGCGACCUCCAACGGCGCCGGCGACGACACCGCCGCACGCAAGCCCAUCGCGCUGUGGCCUGGAAUGUACCAUUCCCCUGUCACCAAUGCUCUGUGGGAGGCCAGGUCCAAGAUCUUCGAGAGAAUGAUCGACCCGCCCAAGGACGCGCCUCCGCAGAGCGAGCUGCUCUCCAAGACGCCUCACCAGAGCCGUACCAGCAUCUUGUACAAUUUCUCUAGUGAUUACAUACUCAGGGAACAGUAUAGGGAUCCUUGGAAUGAGGUCCGAAUUGGGAAGUUGCUCGAGGAUCUUGAUGCUUUGGCUGGCACCAUCUCGGUCAAGCACUGUUCCGAUGAAGAUAGCACAACAAGGCCGCUUCUGCUAGUGACAGCUUCUGUUGAUAGGAUCGUUCUGAAGAAGCCAAUUAGUGUCGAUGUUGAUCUCAAGAUAGUUGGUUCUGCUAUAUGGGUUGGGCGUUCUUCGAUUGAGAUUCAACUGGAUGUUAUUCAGCCUGCUAAAGAGGACUCUGAUUCUUCAGACGCGGCGGCACUAACAGCCAACUUCAUAUUUGUGGCUCGAGACUCCAUGACCGGGAAAGCUGCACCAGUGAACCGACUAGUCCCAGAGACCAAACAAGAGAAGUCGCUCUUUGAAGAAGCCGAAGCGAGGAGCAAGCUGAGGAAGAGAAAGAGAGUGGACGAUGAUGGUAAAAAGGAAGUUGAAAGUGGAGAAAUGAAUAGACUCAAAGCAUUGCUGGCAGAGGGGAGAAUCUUCUGCGACAUGCCAGCAUUAGCAAACAGAGACAGCAUUCUCUUAAGAGAUACCUGUCUUCAGAAUUCACUCAUCUGCCAACCCCAGCAGAGGAACAUCCAUGGCCGUAUUUUCGGAGGCUUCCUCAUGCACCGGGCAUUCGAGCUGGCUUUCUCCACUGCUUAUGCAUUCGCAGGGUUGGUCCCUUACUUUCUUGAAGUCGAUCACGUGGAUUUCCUAAGACCUGUGGAUGUUGGGGAUUUCCUGCGCCUCAAGUCCUGUGUCUUGUACACAGAACUCGAAAACCCAGAUGAGCCUCUGAUCAACGUCGAAGUUGUGGCUCAUGUCACCAAACCGGAGCUGAGAACCAGUGAGGUGACAAAUACGUUCUACUUCACCUUCACGGUAAGGUCAGAGGCGAAAGCUGCAAAGAAUGGGUACAGGAUUCGGACUGUGGUUCCUGCUACGGAGGAAGAAGCAAGGCUCAUUCUGGAGAGGAAAGACGCAGAGACCUUGCGUUUAGCCUCGGCGUAACUACGACAGUUGUGCAGCACUAAGUUUUAACACCACAAGUAGUAUAGUUCUUCAGUGUUAAGCAACCAGUCAACAAGGUAGGAUCUGUAAAUAAGAGAACGGAUUUAUGUAAGCAAUGCUUGAUUACUACCCUCGUUAUAGUUUCGAACAAAGGAAUUUGAGAGUGGAAAGGGGUUGUAGGUAUUCAUAUUCUACAUUAGUAGUAUUAAAGUCGGAUUGCCUCUUAACUUGCAUUUUCUACAUCUGAAAAGAAUAGUUUGGACAGGGGAUCAUACAUUAUCC